AUGAAGCCAGAGCCGACUGGUAAUAAUAAUCAGGGUUCGCAACUUUCAUCCCGAGCGCCGUCUGUUACUUUUUCACAGGUAAAGCUUCAUUUUGGCACUUUGAAUUAAAAUUUCUUUAAUGCUUAUGGUCUUUUCUUGCUGUUUUACGACAUUGACUUCUAUUUUCUAGUCUUUUUUUGAUUGUUAUUUUUCACUUUUUAUUUGUCUCAAAGCAUUUUCUAGAUAUCUUUUGGUCGUUUUUGCUACUUUGCAUCUAUUUUGUAGCUACUUGUUGUUAUUUUUAAUGCAGUUUUAGGUUAUAUUUAUGUAUUUUAUGGUUAUUUUUUAACCUUUUUAGUUUUAAUGAGUUAUUUUAAAUUUACUUUCUGCACUUUUUUAGGCCUUUUUUCGUUCUUUUUGAGCAAUUCUUGGCUCUUUCUUGGCUAUUUUGUCUACUUUUCAGCCAGUUUGUGCUAUUUUUUGAUGCAUUUUCUUAAUUUUUUUUAACUUUUGUCUCUUGCUAUUUCUUUUUUAAUUAUAAAAACCCAUGGCUACUUUCUUGUUUUUCAAGGUAUUUUAUGCUAUGUUUUAGAAAUUUGAAUUUUUUUAGCUAAUUUUCUUAAAUUUUUCAUUAUUUUUUGGUUUUUAGCCACUUUUAGCCUUUUUUAUUUUUUUAUUUGUUUCUGAGGCGCUUGUUACCUUUUUCUCUGGUCUUCAACAAUUUAUAAUCAAUUUUUUUGCCGUUUCCUCCUUCUUUAAUUAUGAAAAACCACUUCCCAUAACCUUCACUUAUUUAUAAAAGAAAGUUUAGCAAUUAGCCAAUUCCUCAAUUUCGCAGUGUUUUGUCGCGUCGCUGUGAUUGAAAGCAAAUUUGACAGCGGCCAAGGUCAAAGCGGCGCGCAACGGAGGUCGAACCUGUACUUUUUUCGCAUAAAGAAUGUCACAUUAGACAGGGUGUUGAUGUUUCUUGUGCGCCGUUAGUUGAGGUGUUUUUUCGGGGAUCUGCUGCAGUUUUUAACUUACUUUGAAGUGUUUUAGAGUAAAUUUAAAGGCUUGUAGAUCUAUUAACUUUUAAAGACUAUUAGUGAAUAAAGAAGAUAAAAAUGUUUGAUCUAUCUUCUUCACCUAAAGAUGUAAGUUUGUACAAGAUGUACCAAGCAGUAUAUCACGGCCUUGCCUUUGACUUUGCCUUUGCGUUUGCCUUUCCUUGCCUGUGCCUUAUCCUGUUUUGUUUUGGCAUGCCAUGCUCUUCUUUAACUUGCCACUCGCUUAUCUUGCUCUGGCUUACCUUACUUUACAUAUUUUGCCUUAACCCGCCUUACUCAUCUUAACCUGUUUUACAUUACUCUAUCUUAUCUUGUCAUGCCGCUUUUGCUUUUAGUAAUAUCAAUCUGUCUGUUCUUCUUCAGUUCAUCCUAAAAGCUUACUUAUAUUUCUCCAGGAUUCACUACACUCCUUCUUCUCUCUCUCUAUAACAACAAGAAAUUUUUUAAUAGAAUUCACUCCCCACAAUCUCUUCAAAAAUUUACCCUAUCCUCCAAUCAAUCCCACCCCAACCUGCUUCUAACUCAAAUCUUAUUAACCCACUUUUCCACCCAAAUCUGACGUAAUUAUUUGUUCAGAAGAACCAACAUAUUUCGUACGACGAGCAGAGUCAUUCCGACCGCUCGCCCACGUCGGAACGCCAACAAAAGUAUGGCCAGUCGUUGAAGCGGUCGCCGAACAGUCAGCCGCGCCACAUGGACGUGGGCAGUUUGAAUGGAAUGGCGGCGCCGAGCUCGCAGUUCAGUCCGUCCGAGCUGUCGGAGAGUGUGGCCGAGAGCCAGAGGCGGUAAGGGGGUUUGAUUUUGAAUUUUAAAAAUUUGAAAAAAAUUUUAAAUUUCGGAUUAUUUUGGAGUUUACUCUAAAAUUCACUUUAAUCUAGACCAGUUAAGGACCGCGCCAAAUUUCUCGGCCAUCUUACGGCCAGGCUUUAAUUUGAACCCCUGCCCUGCCUCCAAUUACCGUCCCGGUCCUUUUAAAUUUCCUUUGACCCGGUCCAGUUUGGCUUGAAGACCCGGCCAAGGCCGAAUAUAAGAGGCCCUUUUUCAGUCAUAGCUAAAAACUAAAAAAUGUUAUUUUAGUGGUUCACGCGAAUCUCAAAACAUUCGCCAAAGCAUGUACGAUCCCAGCAGUGCAAUGGCUGUCUACAAUCCUAUAGAACAUCAACUAAUGAUGCCACCCCCACCCCACCCAGCUAUGUUGAGUCAUGCUGGCUCGAUGGGGCAGUUAUGGUAAGGAUUUCGAUUUUUUAAACAUUUUUUAUAUUUUUAACAUAACUUUGGCAUUUUAGGCUUUAUUGUAAGCUUAAAAUUCAAAAAAAAUUUUUUUAAAGCUUUUUUAUUUUUUCAAUUUUAAAAAACUUAAAAAUCAACCCUAAAACCAAAAUUUUCAGGUUCCCACCCCCACCACCCCCAUUUACCCCCUACUACUACGCUCCAACCCUAAGUACCGCUCCUCUAACAGCUGAUAGUAAGACGCUGAAGAAAGCGAUGAAAGAAGCUGCCAAAUACGAACAGAAGCAUCAGAUGGCAAUGAAUGGCUACAUGAGGCCACAGUCGUAUUGUUGUGAUGGAGUGGCACAGGUCUUGUGGGCGGUUAUCGUGGUCACAUUGCUUGGGCUGGCAUUGGCUUUAGUCUUGGCUUUCUUUGUUUUGAAUGGGAAUUGA